GAGCAAGGUGUAAAGGGGAGACUGCGCCGGAUCCCGGCCGGCUGAGUACGCGCCUGUUCUGGCUCAGAAGUGGCAGCUCGUCUGCCGCGUCUGCGAGCAGAGCCAAGGCCCCAACCAGUGGUGAUCUGGUGGUUGUGGUGAGGUGACGGGCUGGUCUGUGAGCUAGAGGCUCCUACCUUAAGGCCUCACCCUGCGCUGUGCCACCACGUAAUCGCCUCGCCCAGGAAAGGGGAGAGCGGUGGGAGCGUGAGAAUGCGGGCAACUCGGCGCAGACCAUACCCAUACGGGGAGCCAAGGGAACCCUGAGCAUCUAAUGCACCACAGCCGCCCUCCGAGAAGUCUCUGAGACAGGCCUCUAAAUGUCCAUCCCUUCUUGUGGAAGGCCAGCCCAGGGUCAGAGGUCGUGGGAGGAGAGACUCCCAGUGCCCCCAGUCCACUGUCAUCAGCCAAGCUGGGACUCGGUCUCUCCCGAGCAGCGAGAUGGGUGGGAGCUUUCCUUCAAACUCUAACCCACCCGUGUCUGCCCCAGGGAAGGGGCCCGGAUCCCACGCCUCCUGCCCCUCCUCUCAGACCCCAGGCCUGGCUGCGCUCUGGGGCUGGAUGGUGUGAAAGUUUCAGCCUCAAUCAGUACAAUCUUCUCUCCGGGUCACGUGAACAAAUAUGCUCGCAUUUGAAGGCAGCGUCUGUAUUUGUGGACUAUGAGGGGGUUUCCGGGGCUCUCUCCAAAUACAGAAAGGACCAUAUUCUGAAAGCAAAACAAACCCCCAGCUCUGGGGGGCCUGGGAGGGCUGGGCAGGAACCCAGGAGUGGGUGGAGGCGCGGGUAGCCGCUGCUCUGGGCCUGGGAGCAGACAAGCUGGCGGGAGGACCGAUGGGUGCGCAGUGCAAGCGAAGCCAGCUCGGGGACUAAGAACUCGUUCCUCCUGCGUUUAUUGGUAGUUGAACCUCAGCCUGGUUCCGUUCUACCGGGAAUUCCGUGUGCCUGGGUAUAUGGCCGCGUCAGCGAGCACGCAAGACCAGGGUUGGGACAGUGUUGUCUGCAGACAAAGGGGGAAGGCUAGCUCUGCCCCCCACUGGCGCCUGCUCUGAGGCCGAGGACACCGGGUUUAUGAUAAAUUGGGAUCCAGGUAAGCAAUUGCAUGACAAAAUGAAAAUCUUUGGGCACCGGGCUGCUUGCUGCCCUGAACGGGAUACUAAAUAUGAUUUAUUUUGUGUAAUCUGUGAUCUUGAUUAUUGCCAAUUGGUGAGGCAGCCUGCGUAGACCUAGAUACACUUCUACAUAUACAUCGAGGAUGGGUGAUUAAUCGUAACAAGGCGCGCUUUGUGGGAAUACUCCCCGCCUACCCAAAGGUUAGGAGGACACACUACCUUGACAGACUUGGAGGGUGGCGGUGGUGGCGUGGGGUGGGGGAAAGGAAAAUGGCAGUUUGAAGAGAGGGUCAGUGAGGGGGUUGGGGUUGAAGGAAGUAUUUUGGGGGUAAAAGUGAAGUUAUGAGAAUGGGCUGAAAAUGAAUAAAAAGAAACUUUUUUUACACUGUCACUGCCAAAGUAAGAUGGAGCAUCAUAUUAAUUCCGUGUCUUGGGCUGCCCGGUUGGGCGCAGGCAGGUUGAUUUAUAUGUAUUUAAAAUAAACUCCGUGGCCAGCCAGCUCCCUGCAUUGUUCUGGGAGCUAGCUCCACAUACAGACGCCUUUAUCUCUUGCUCUUGGCUUAUUAUUUUUCUUGGAAGGUGAAAGUGUCACUCAAGAUUAUCUCCCCAAAUUCAAGAGAACCCCCAAACUACCCAGAAGAGUUUGGGAGGCUCCUCCACAUUUCCCUCACUAAUCUAAGGUUUUGACUGCAAGAGUGGCAAAGAAAAGGUUUAGGGCUUCUGGGUCCUUCUCCCCAAAGAACCAGGAAUGAAAGCUAAAUUGUAUUUUGACUCCAGCAUCCCAUCCAUCCUUUUGUUUACUAUGUCCUGUGGCUGCUGGCUGGGGGAGGACAGGACAAUCCAUCCAGGGUCUUUCCCAGGGGCCAGAGCCUGAGUAAGCAGCGAUCUGAGUCCGAGUGAAGGGCUCCAUGCUCCUGGGAAGCCACGGGGCCAGGUCCCAGACGGGGCUUCUGUAGAAAGGGACCCAGAAAGCAAGCACUCCCUUCAUCCAGGUUGUGACUGGACACCAGCGGGAGGGGGACCAACUUGUAGAGGCAUUGCCUUGAGAGGAGAGGAGUAAAGUUGUUUUGUCAAUUGCCUGUGGUUGGCUCCAUCAGAACUUAAAGUCACUGGACAUUUUUCUUCGCUUGCUGCCUUGGAGCUGCGCGCCUGCCAACUUAGUCAGCUGAAUCCAAUUACGACAAGCAGCAUUUCAUUUGGCCCCAUGGAGCACUCACUUAUAACUUCCCGAAAAUUUCAAUAAUCCGCACCCUAUUGUAAAGGCUCCCGAUCCUAAAGACUUUUCCGUGGUACUGGUGAGGGAUGGGGUAUAGGGCCGGGCCUGCCUGGGACUAGCUCCUCAAUGACAGCUCUCAGAUGGAGUUCCCUCCCCCGCUCCCCCAGUUUCUGGCUGUGGAAAGGGUACUUGAGCUGGUGGCCCAGAGCCAGCCGUGUUAAGCCUGCAAUUCUGGACAAGCAGGGUCUGAAGUCCGCUGGUGCUGAAUGGUGGGUGGUUUGGGGAGGGAGCGCAGGAGAAGGCGGUGGGGGCUCUGGGCUGCCCACCUUUGGCUGCCUUAGGGUCCUCUUUACUUUCCUCAAGCCUCUUGCACCCAGAGAGCAAAGCGCACCCCUGAACGCCCAGGAGCAAACUUACCCUGUUCCUCCGUGGCUGGGAAACAGAAUCUAGCUACCUGCAUCCGGAGAUCUUGACGGGGUGGCCUCCCAAUUUAGCCCUCCUACUUUUAAAGAACGUUUUUUAAAAAAAACAAUAAAAAACAAAAAACAAUCAAGCAGCAAAAGUUGACGUCUGCCCACGUGAAUGUAUCCUAUAAAGCAGCUUUGGGAUUCUCUGGUCCAGUCGGGUCGGUGGGCCCGAGUGCAUUGCGCCUCCAUCGCGUAGCCCUCUGGCCGGCCCAGCGGAGAGGACCCCCUGGAUCCCAGCCGGCUGGGAAGCUGAAGUCCAGGCGUGAUGUUAGGAUCUCUACCGGGCCGGGAUUUCUUCGAGGCGCUUCCGUUGGGUGUUCAUUAAGGGUGAGUUAUUACCGCGUGAGCCAAAGGUCACUUCAAAGGCUUAUGGCUUUGCGCUCUGGUCUUUAGAAGGGCCCGGAAUGCUUUGUGUGGGGCUUUCCCAGCGCGGUUUAGUGUUUGCAAACUAGUGAGUCGACAAAUUGCACAGGGCAGAUGCAGAGGGGGGAUUGUCUCUACUUUCACCUGACGGGGGCAGGUACUUGCUGAAUGCCUGGCAGUGGUGUGCAGCACCGUCUGUUUUGGGGUGAGGGUGGAAGGGGUGUUUGUUUCUUAGUCGGUUUGCAGCCCAGACCAGAAGGGUGGUUGGUACUUACUGGAAUAAAAUAAACUCGGGGAAAGCAUCAACGUAUAAACGGAGAAACAGUGUCCAGUACCCUCUUCACUGGAGCUGCUGUGGCAGCUGUUGACUGGGACUCACCCAGGCCCAUCUACAUAUUCACCGUCCUUUUCUGGUGCUGUGUCUGUUGUAGUAGCCUCCCUUCCACUCCAGUUCUGUACAGUCCCCCUCUCUUGCUCUUAGAAGGCGGGCUUGGCUGGGGGGGGAUUGGGAAACCUGGAGCAUUUGGAGCUUGGUUGGAGCAGGAGGAGAGGGACUGGUUUCCCUGCACCUCUGACCCACUUGGUACACCCCCUGCCCAAGGGUGUGGUCCUUCCCUCAGGCCCAAAUCCCCCUUCUUCCAUCCAGCCAAAGAUUUCCGUGUUAAAGGCUACUCGCUCGCCAGGAGCCAACCGAGUUUCUUUUCUGCCUGAUAGAAGGCACCUGGAAUGGCUGCAGGCACCUUUUACAAUAGUCAUAUUGAUUAUGACACCCUUAAGGGGGGUAAAGCCUCUGGACAUGUAGGUGUUUGUAAGAACCAACGGCCACUGAGAGUUUUCCAUUUUGUUCCAGAUCCACCUGAACAGACUAUCAAAAGAAACCCGAAGAGCCUACAGAAAGAGUUAGAAACAAAAUUUGAGAACACACACACACACACACACACACACUCAUAUACACAGAUGUGGUGAGUGGCAUGACUUAAAAAAAUAAUUUCCACUACAUUUCCAUCUGUCCGGCAACUCAAAUAGCCAUCUCAGGAUUCAUACAUCAAGACAAAACAAAAGGGCGGCUUUGAAGUGGAUCACCUCAGUGCGAACUGCAGCCCGUUACAUGAUAACCGAUCAUCGGCCUUCAUAUUUAUGGCGCUUUAAUGGGUGGAUUUCACAGUGCUGACCACAGAGCUAACUGGGCUGAUUUUCACCCUGUCACCGGAAAGUGGACUAUCUGGGUCUUCAUGAAGGAUGCUGUGAUUUUGAAACCAGGUCACCUGGAACCUGGGGCUGCCCCAGUUCUCUCAGGACUUGGCAGACAUCGGAGGUGGCAGUGAAGGAGACAGUGGUGGUCAAUGUUAUUUGAGCAGGGUCAGCAGGCCCUGGAGCUUCCGGAGUGCACGAUGCAGAAGGCUGCUUACUAUGAAAACCCAGGACUCUUUGGAGGCUAUGGCUACAGCAAAGCCACUGACACAUAUGGCUACAGUGCGCCCCAUCAGCCUUUUCCACCCCCUACUGCUACCAACUCUCUGGACACUGAAUACCCAGGUUCUGCCUGCUCCAUCCAGAGCUCUGCACCUCUGCGAGCGCCAGCCCACAAGGCGGCUGAACUCAAUGGCAGCUGCAUGCGGCCUGGCACUGGGAACAGCCAGGGUGGGGGUAGCAGCCAGCCUCCUGGUCUGAACUCAGAGCAGCAGCCACCACAGCCCCCUCCUCCACCACCAACCCUGCCACCUUCCUCGCCCACCAAUCCUGGAGGUGGAGUGCCUGCCAAGAAGGUCAAGGGUGGGCCCAAUGCUUCUGGCUCUUCAGCCACCAUCAGCAAGCAGAUCUUCCCUUGGAUGAAAGAGUCCCGACAGAACUCCAAGCAGAAGAACAGCUGUACCACUGCAGGAGAGAGCUGCGAGGACAAGAGCCCGCCGGGCCCAGCGUCCAAGCGGGUGCGCACCGCGUACACGAGUGCGCAGCUGGUGGAGUUGGAGAAGGAAUUCCACUUCAACCGCUACUUGUGCCGGCCACGCCGCGUGGAGAUGGCCAACCUGCUGAACCUCACCGAGCGCCAAAUCAAGAUCUGGUUCCAGAACCGGCGCAUGAAGUACAAGAAGGACCAGAAGGCCAAGGGCAUCCUGCACUCGCCAGCGGGCCAGUCCCCGGAGCGCAGCGUCGACUCCAUGGCACCCGCGUCCGGGCCGGUCUUCAACCUGGGCCACCUCUCGCAUCCGUCUUCGGCCAGCGUGGACUACAGUUGCGCCGCGCAGAUUCCCGGCAACCACCACCACGGACCGUGCGACCCUCAUCCCACCUACACAGAUCUCUCGGCCCACCACUCCUCUCAGGGACGCCUGCCCGAGGCCCCCAAACUGACGCAUCUGUAGCGGCCGCCCACGGCCCGAACUCCUGGCGCAAUUACCUCUUUGGCUUUGGU